AUGGCGUCGGGUCACCUUCGCCUUCAUAUUUCUCCUGCAAAUUCACCACUUUUACUAUCAUUACCUUUGAAAAGGUGUGCGAUUGCCUGUACUCUCAAAACCCAUGGUUACGAUACAAAUCCGAAACCAAAGCCCCAAAAUUGGUCGAAAACCCUAAUCUCUUUGGCAGUUGCUGUGGCUCUCGUGACUCCAUUGCCUUGUUCAGCAAUCCCUUCUUUCAAUUCUCAAUCUUUUUCCAACACUCCAUUUUCUCAGUCACAGAAUUUGCCCACUGGCUUGGAAAAUGGAAAAAUCAGAGUUUGCCCUUCUAUAAAUCCAAGCUGCAUAUCAAGUAAUCCCAAAUCUUCAAAUUUUGCAUUUCCGUGGAAGAUAACAGGCUAUUCUUCAGAAAGUGUGGCCAUUCAG